AUGGAAGACUUGGCACAGAAUCUGUCUAAAGAGGAGCAGCAGACAGCACAGCAGCAGCAGCCAGUGCAGCAGCAGCCACAAAGAGAAGACGCGCUCCGGCAGCAGGCAGGCGGCGAGCAGCGACCACAGAAGGAGCAGCAGCAGCUGCAGCAGCAGCAGCAGCAGCAGCUGACAGCAGCAGACCUUUCCUCUGUCUCACAGGCACUCGAGACGGCGGGAUCGUGCACAAACAGCAGCCACAGCAGCAGCAGCAACAGCAGCAGCAGCAAUGCCAACAGCAGCAGCAGCAACAACACCAGCAGCAAGGGCGCUGAGGAGCAGCAAGAUGAGGAGGAUGAAGAGGAGGACACUUCUUUUACGUUGACUGUACAGACGCUUGAGAGGAGGCAGCUGAGGGUUACUGCAUUUCCAGACUGGACUGCACUGCAGCUAAAGGAAGCCCUAGCGCCGCAAGUGCGCUACCCGCCAGGGGAGCAGCGGCUUGUCGUUAGAGGUCAUGUGCUGAGGGAUGAGGAAACACUGGAGUCCUUGGGGCUGCACAGCGAAGGGCCUGUUGUUCAUCUUGUGCGGAAUCCGCAGCGGCCAAGAAAUGCGGGUAUCCCCGGGGGCGCAACAGCAGCAGCAGCAGCAGCAGCACUUUCGCCGCAGGAACUGAUGAUGGAGCAGCUAGCCAGAUCUCCCCACAUGCAGCAGCUGCUGGGCAACAGCGACUUGAUGCAGGGGCUGCUGCAGUCGAGGUUUGGGGUUCGGGUGCUGCAGCUCUUUCGCUUGGGUAUGGACGCCAUGAGGAAUCCUUCUUUGUUGAGAGAGAUGAUCCGAAACACUGACAGGGCUCUGGCAAACAUCGAAGCCGUGCCGGGGGUAGCUCUUUUUGCUGCUGCUGCUGCUGCUGCUGCUGCUGCUGGCUUCGGGUUCAACGCACUCACUCGCGUCUACCGCGGAGUCCAGGAGCCCAUGCACGAAGCAGCAAUGCAAAUUGCUGCAGGGCUGCAGGGGGAGGGGGGGAGGGAUGGGGCUCUUGGGCAGGCAGCAGGUGCUGCUGGGGAUGCAGCAGCAGAACGCACUGACACGGGGCCCUCGAAGGAGGCCUUGCCGAAUCCCUGGGCACCGAGACGGCCCCAGCCACGUCAGCAGGUUCACCCGCAGCAGGCUGCACCUCAAGGCCAGCAGCAGCAGCAGCAGCAGCAGCAGCGGCCGCUGCAGCGACAGCAGGACACAACCGGGUUCCUUGAGGAGGCGCGGCGACAGCUCCUGCAGCAGCAGCAGGCAGCGAGCGCGAUGCCUUCACAGCAGGCCCAGGCGCCCAGUGUCCCAAGUGUACAGGCAUCUAAUGCUGCUGCUGCUGCUGCUGCAGCAGCUGCUGCUGCUGCCACUAUGUCUCGUGCAGCACCAGGAGUUUCCGGGACGCCGGCUCCGCUAUGGGGCUUCGGUGGACCCAGCGGGAUGGUUCAAGACUUUGAGAGGCUUAGUGUGGCGAGCCCCACAGCAACCGCGGCAGCAGCUGGAGCUGUGCAGCAGCAGCAGGGUCAGCAGCAGCAGCAGCAGUACGCACACCAGCUCGCGUCGCUGAAUGCCAUGGGCUUCUCGAAUCAGGCGGAGUGUUUGUGGGCACUGCAGCAGACCGGAGGUAAUAUAAACAGAGCAAUUGACUUGCUGCUAGCUCGUCACCAGUGA